AAAAGGGUGCAGUCCAAAAGUGCUGCCUGUUUUGACUUAUAUAUAGCAGAGGUGCUGAGACUAUUAAAUUCUGCACACUUUAAAGACUGUGCGAGAGUUUUACAGCAAUUUUUAAGAAUACCUGUAUAAGCUCUGCCAAGAUGCCUGGAUCUGUUCCAGCUAACGGUGAAGCUGGCUGGCCCAAGGAUGUGGGAAUUGUUGCAAUGGAAGUGUAUUUUCCCUCUCAGUAUGUGGACCAGGCUGAACUGGAGCAGUUUGAUGGCGUGUCAGCCGGGAAAUAUACCAUUGGCCUGGGUCAGGCCAAAAUGGGCUUCUGCACAGACCGUGAGGACAUCAAUUCCUUGUGCCUGACUGUGGUCCAGCAACUGAUGGAGAGAAACUGCCUUUCCUAUGACAGUGUGGGCAGACUGGAGGUGGGUACUGAGACCAUCUUUGACAAGUCCAAGUCGGUGAAGACUGUGCUGAUGCAGCUGUUUGAGGAGUCUGGGAACACGGAUGUUGAAGGCAUCGACACCACCAAUGCCUGUUAUGGCGGCACAGCUGCCCUUUUUAAUGCAGUCAACUGGGUGGAGUCUAGCUCCUGGGAUGGGCGUUAUGCGCUGGUAGUGGCAGGAGACAUCGCUGUUUAUGCCACAGGAAGUGCUCGGCCGACAGGGGGUGCUGGAGCUGUAGCCAUGCUUGUGGGACCUAAUGCCCCACUAGCUUUUGAGAGAGGUAUUCGUGGGACUCACAUGCAGCAUGCCUAUGAUUUCUACAAGCCUAACAUGGUUUCAGAAUAUCCAGUGGUUGAUGGCAAGCUUUCUAUUCAGUGCUACAUCAGUGCAUUAGAUAGGUGCUACGAAGUGUUUCGCAAUAAAAUCCACGCACAGUGGCAAAAAGAGGGAACUGAUAAGCGUUUUAGUCUUGAUGAUUUUGGCUUUAUGACCUUUCACUCUCCCUACUGCAAACUGGUACAGAAGUCUUUAUCUCGUCUGCUGCUCAAUGACUUCCUCAGUGACCCCAACCCCAACACGGAGAAUGGUGUCUUCAGUGGGAUGGAGGCUUUCAGGGAUGUGAAGCUAGAGGACACGUAUUUUGAUCGCGACGUGGAGAAGGCAUUUAUGAAAGCUAGUGCUGAGAUGUUUGAACAGAAAACAAAGGCAUCUCUCCUGCUCUCAAAUCAGAAUGGCAAUAUGUACACACCAUCUGUCUAUGGUUGCUUGGCCUCUGUGAUUGCACAGCACACUCCUCAGCAGUUAGCAGGCCAGAGGAUUGGAGUGUUUUCCUAUGGCUCGGGCUUUGCUGCUACAUUGUACUCCAUACGAGUCACUCAAGACGCCACGCCUGGCUCAUCGCUAGACAAGCUGACUGCCAGCCUGUGUGAUCUCCAGGCCCGUCUGGACUCCAGAAAAAAAGUAGCACCAGAGGUCUUUGCAGAGAACAUGAAGCUGAGAGAGGACACUCAUCACCUAGCAAACUACAUACCUCAGGGCUCAGUGGAUGAUCUGUUCCCUGGCACCUGGUACCUGACACGAGUUGAUGAAAAAUAUCGCAGGCAGUAUGCUAGACGACCCUUGAAUGAAGAUGGACCCCUGGAAGCUGGACUGGUUCAUUCUACUACAGCUACAGAGCAUAUACCCAGCCCCGCUAAGAAAGUACCACGGAUUCCUGCUGUUACCACAGGACCUGAAAUGGUUGCUAUUAGCAAUGGAGAGCAUUGACAUUACCUCUGUGAGGUAUAAACCUGAUUUAAGAUUACCAUGUCAAAAAGACAAAAAAUAUGAAAGAACUAAAGAAACCCAUCUACCUUUCAAUGUUGUGCUACAUGAAACAACUGCACAAAAGUGUAUUUUCUGUAAAGUAGAUGUGUAUGUACAUAUAAUUAAGCUUUUUAAUUACAAUAAGUAGAUGAUUCAGCUGGUGGUUGCCUUAGCCAUGCCAAAAUUGUUUUUGUUGUUUAAUGUUAAGGUACACCUAAGGUGUGUAAGUCAUGGCAUGGCAGCAUUAAGGAAAAUAAAGAAUACUCCUACACAUUAUGAAAACAAUGAGCUGUGUUAUUUAGCUGUGUCUUCAGAUCCUGCUUAAUACAUUAAAUUCUCUGUUCAUUUAAGCAGUUACAGAUGUCAUUAAUGAGAAUAUACAGUAAGGACUUGUAGGGCUUUCUUUUCCCCCAUGACUUAGAAAAUUCGAAGGUUGAGGCUUGUGAGUAUUUGCUAACAUUAAAACGGAAUAAAUCCAGCUAAAGGAAAAGGUUUCAGAAGUCUGCUAAAUGCACACUGUAUUCUAGUUGCACAUGAAAUUAUGAAAAUGUGCAUUUAUGUUCUUUUACAAAAGUGCUGCUAAAAUUGAGAAGAAGGAAAAGCCAGACAAAUAUGGCUCUGUGGCUUCAAUAAGUGAAAAGGGAAGUGUUUUUUAACUACUUAUUGGUUUUUAGUGCUGCUAUCUACCAUGCUGUGAGCAGUUAAGUGUCAGCAUGUUAUACAAACUUACUGUCAUAAGCAUUUAUAAUAUUCACAUGCUGUACGUUUGCUUAUUGAACACUGUGGAGCAAAAUAUAAGGUUUUCAUUAUUUCAAGACAUAUGUUGUCACCAGUAGGGUUAAGCCAUGAUCACCUCAGGCAGAUAAGAAUGUCCAUCUUCAGUGCAUGACCAUUGAUGGAUAGCAGUCCAAGGCAUCCGUGAAUCAAUUAAGUUGUCUUCAUCAGCUGUGAAUGACUAAAGAAAGUUUGCAUGGAAGAAAUUGAUUGUUAGUGAAGUUUCUUUUGUGUUUUAAUAUCUUGUAAAGAUCUAUGAGAAAAAGUUCAUUUUUAUUAAAUUAUGCAAGAUAAAGUAUUUCCCUUUUUAAGAUGGGGAAGUACAUUUUUUGUCUUUCUCAGAUCUGCUUCACACUGUAAUCUUACAAAAUCUGUAAUUCUCUCUUUUUUUUUCUGGAGUUGCAACAGCAUUGGAGUUCUGCCAAGCCAGGACGGGUCUCAUUGUGAAAAGGGGAAAAUGUUGAUUCACAUUUUUGUGCAUGUCCGCUUUUUAAAAUGAGUGAAGUCACUUUAUUGGUCAUUAGUCAAUUAGGUCAAUUAGUCAUUUGAAGGUAGCUGGUAUUAUUCUUUGUUUUUUUACUAAAACAAAGUCUGUGGUUCUUACUGCCAUCUUGUUAGUAAACAUUUAAGAAAGCUAAAACAAAGCCCAGUUAAUGACCUUGUGAGCAUCUCCAGAACUAAGUAUCUGGUAAUUUAAGUAUUAUUAUUAUUCGAAAACACAAAAUCUUUUUUUUUGCUUGAAUAGAAUGUUUGGUUUUCAUCUGUUAUAAUCUACCCAAUUGCAUUGCAUCCAUUAAAGAUCUACUGUAUAAAGAUACCCAAAAACCAAAUAAAAGAACUUGGCAUUAUUAGGGUAUUCAUGUUAGGAUGAAGGUGUCAUUUCACCUUCCUGCUGGCUGUGCAAAAAGGAUGCAAAGCUUUCAUUUUUCAACUAAGACUAUGGGUUCAGGCUGAAGCCAAAGCUGUUACUGCUUCUGUGUUUUGGGUCUUUAAAGUCACAGAGAUGAGUAUUGUAAUAUUAAAAGGGAAUUGGCACAUUUUGGAACUUUUCUGACAAAGUACCUAUGAAAUUGUUUGAAAGACUUCUUCAAUAAAAUAAUGAUUGAUAGUAAAUUAAUUUUAGAUGAAUUUGGAUGAAUAAUAUUUUUCUAUAUUUAAAGUGUUUCUGAUUGUUCGAAAUACAUUGAACUAACAAAAUAUGGAGUUUGGGGAAUAGACGAUUAAAUAUCAAUUUUCUUUAUUAUAGACUAAUUCCAAAUUAUUCCUGCAAUAAACAGGAACAAACAAAAGUGCAAAAACUAAAAAUACAAUGGAAAAACGAACAGGCAGGGUUAAUAGCAAGAAACUAGACUGUCAUCGUCUCAUUACAAAUGGUUCACAUUUCUGUAAACCUUACCGUAAGCGUGUAAGAAAUGUAUAAUAAUAAUUAAGUGUUUUCUUUUUUUAAUUUUGUAGCCAAGAACUUUUGUUUCUAUAGUUAUUCUGAUGAGGCUGUUUACAGUUUAAGAUUUUUUGUGUGUAAUGUACAGUUAUCACUGUAACUAACUGUAAUUUAUAUAUAUAGAAUCAAUUGCUUUCUAAUUAACUGUCCUGUUCUUGUCAAAAAUCUAUGUAUAAAGUGAUCUCUGGUGAUAGGACUUCUGUAUGUACAACAGAAUGAAUAUUUGAAAAAAAAUUGAAAGCAAAUAAACUCUGUUAGCUUA